UGACGUCGCGAAAAAUGGCGGCUUGCGGGUGAAACACGUUGAUCUCAAAGAAAACUUUACUCGAUUAGUUUUUUUCUGCGUGUGUGUCUGAAAUAGAAAACGAGAGGGCUUUAAAAAAAAAAAAAAAACUCUUGCACGCAAUCAUGUCGGGACGACACAACAACAAAUUACCAACAAAUCUGCCACAACUACAGAAUCUCAUCAAAAGAGAUCCCCAGUCCUACACCGAGGAGUUUUUACAGCAGUAUCGACAUUACCAGUCUCAUAUUCAAAUCCUGAAACUUCAGCCGGACAAGCCCAACAAGGAGCUCACAGAUCUGGUCAUAUUCCUGGCUCAGGUUGGACAUUGUUAUCAAGAGCGGUUGUCCACGUUCGCCCAGGAGUUAAUGGAACUUCUGCUGAAUCACCACACAGUUCUUGAACAUGACCUGAGAAUGACUUUCUGUAAGGCCCUCAUUCUACUCAGGAACAAGGACCUCAUUAGCCCCACCGGUUUGCUGGAGCUUUUCUUUGAGCUGUUGCGCUGUCGUGACAAACUUCUGAGAAAGACACUGUACACACACAUUGUGACAGACAUCAAGAACAUCAAUGCUAAGCAUAAAAACAACAAAGUGAACACAGCAUUACAGAACUUCAUGUACACAAUGUUGAGGGACAGCAAUGCCGUAGCAGCUAAAAUGUCCCUGGAUGUCAUGGUUGAAUUGUAUGAGCGCAACAUUUGGAAUGAUGCCAAAACUGUAAAUGUCAUCACAACUGCAUGUUUCUCUAAAGUCACAAAGAUUCUUGUGGAUGCUUUAAAGUUCUUUCUGGGCAAAGAUGAGGAUGAGAAGAAAAACAGUGAUUCUGAGUCUGAGGAUGAUGGGCCUACGGCAAGAGACAUUAUGGUCAGAUUCUCAACAGGAAAGAAAAGCUCAAAAAACAAGAAAAAAAUGGAAAAGGCUAUGAAAGUUCUCAAAAAGCAUAAGAAGAAAAAUAAUGCCGAGGUAUUCAACUUUUCUGCCGUCCAUCUGAUCCACGAUCCUCAGGAUUUUUCAGAAAAGCUGUUCAAACAGCUUGAGGACUCGAAAGAACGCUUUGAGGUGAAGAUAAUGAUGAUGGAGCUCAUUUCCCGACUGGUCGGAAUUCACGAGCUUUUCCUCUUCAACUUCUACCCAUUCAUUCAGCGUUUCCUCCAGCCCCAUCAAAGAGAGGUCACUAAGAUCCUGUUGUGUGCUGCCCAGGCUUCCCAUCAGCUGGUUCCUCCAGAGAUCAUCACACCUGUCAUCAUGACGAUCGCAAACAACUUUGUCACGGACAGAAAUUCCGGAGAGGCUAUGACCGUAGGCAUCAAUGCAAUCAGGGAGGUGGCAGCUCGCUGUCCCUUGGCAAUGACUGAAGAUCUUCUACAGGACCUGGCUCAGUACAGGAUGCACAAAGAUAAAAAUGUGGUCAUGUCUUCCAGAGGGUUAAUCCAACUCUUCAGAAAUUUGAAUCCCCAGAUGUUACACAAAAAAGACAGGGGGAAGCCCACGGAGUCAUCAGUGGAAGCCAGGAUCCAGGAGUACGGAGAGCUGGAAGCCAAAGACUACAUUCCUGGGGCUGAAGUGCUUGAGCUGGACAAGGAGCAGGAUGAUAGCAAAGGAAAUGAAGAAGAAUGGGAGAGCACCAGUAUGAGUGAGGAGGAUGAUGAUGACGGAGAGUGGGUUGAUGUUCACCACUCCUCAGACGAGGAACAAGUUGAGAUUACGGAGAAGCUGCAGAGCAUGCCUCGGGAGGAGAGGAAGGCCAAGGCAGCCGCAGUCAGCACCAGCCGGAUCCUCACACAGGAUGACUUUAAAAAGAUACGCCUCGCCCAGAUGUCCAGGGAAGUCAACUCGGCUCCUGGGAAGAGUCAGAAGAGGAAGAAUGAGGACAGAGAUGAUGACAACAGGGGAGAGCUGCUUACACUGAGAGACAUUGAACGCCUGCACAAGAAACCCAAGGCUGAUAAAGAAACACGACUGGCAACUGCAAUGGCUGGAAAAACAGACAGGAAAGAGUUUGUAAAAAAGAAGACCAAGCUGAACCCGUAUGCCAGUUCCACAAACAAAGAAAAGAAGAAAAAUAAGAACUUCAUGAUGAUGAUGCACAGCAAGAACGUUCGCACAAAGAAAAAGAGAUCUUUCAGAGACAAGCAGUUGGCCUUAAAAGAAGCUCUUCUAAAAAAGAAGAAACUGCUAAAAUAGCAACUGCUCUGAUAUCCAAAAUAUAAAACUUGGUUAAGUGGUAUUAAAGUGUCUUUGUGAUUUUAUGAAAUUACCUGUCAGGUAAUUCAGUUUUCAAACAGUGUAUUAAAACAGUUAUUAUUGAAAAAUA